GAAGGUGCUUUAAAGAAGGAUUAGUUUUGAAAUGGCAGGUGGUAUUGAAGAACCAUUUAGGCUUAGUUUUCAGAUUUGAGAAUGAAGCUUUAUGUUGGGAGAGGAGGUCUUGUUUUACACACAAUAGGUAUCUUGAAGAGGUUGAGAAAUACAUCAAGCCAGGUUCGGUAACUGAGAAAAAGGCAUAUUUUGAGGAGCUUUUUAGAAGAAGGGCACUUCUAAGCCAAAGUUCAUCCGACUGUCAGGAUGGGGUUAAUUCUCAAGCUAGUAAUGAUGGAUCUGAGAAUACAGAUUAUGAGGGGGAGUUUGAGCAUGUUAAUGAUAUUGGCCAUUCUGUAUGCUUUGUUGAAAAUCAUGACAGAGCAGCCACUUUACUGGAGAAUGGAAAGUAUCAGGCUAGUGAAAAUGAAGGUUAUGCGGGGUGCUUUGAUCAUGUUAAUGAAGUUGUCCAUUCUGCACGCUUUGAUGAAAAUUAUCAUAGCUCAACCCAUUUAUCGAAGAAUGGAAAGUAUCAAGCCGAGAAUAUAGGCUAUGAUGGAGAUUCUGAGCGAGUGAAUGAGGUUGGUGAUUCUAUAUGCUUUGAGGAGAGUUUUAAUGGAUCAAACAACGGAGACAUCGAAGUCACAGAGUGUGGGGAAGAAGGAUCAAGCAACGGAGACAUUGAAGUCACAGAAUGUGGCGGAGAAGAUAGUAUAAGUUGCCAUUCUGGACCCCAGACUGAACAAGAUACCAAUAGUUCCGAUGUUCUUUAUAGUGUUACUGAACGUCUGGAAGCUGAAGAAAAAUUUAAUCUCAAUGCUGGAAAUUCAGCUUUUAAUGAUCCAGAG